CAGCAAAGUGGUGCAUGGGGUGGGCCGGUAACAUUAAACCACCAUGUAAAGGCAAUGGGCCGAUCUUAAAAGUGAAGCUGUUCUCAAUAAUCACUUUCUCCUGUUACAGCAUAAUUGAAAAAUGCAAGCAAGCACUGUCUGAGAAAAUGGACAAUUCCGGCCUUCGUGCAGUCAUCUGCUACCUCGGUCUCAAGGGCUUAUCACCCAAGGAGGUCCACGAGGACAUGGGUGGCAACACCAGGGGAGGGUACCCUUCUUACAGCAUGGUGAAGAAGUGGGCUGCUGAAUUCAAGCGUGGCAGAGAGAGCCUGGAAGACGACCCCCGUCCUGGAGGGUCUGUCACCGUCAUCACGCAGGAGACCAUUGACAAGAUCCAUGACAUGAUUUUGACAGAUCGACGAGUAACACAGCGGUACAUUGCCACAGAGCUGGGUAUCUCCCAGGAACACGUCCAUGCAGUUAUCCACAACGAACUCCAAAUGACCAAGGUGUCAGCUCGCUGGAUCCUGAAACUCCUUGGGCCUGAUGAGAAGCAGAUUUGGCACAACAUGUCAAGGGACAAUCUAGCCAUUUCUGAUGCAUAUCCCAAGAGAUUUCUCCAGCAAUUUGUCACCUUGGGUGAAACUUGGAUCCACCACUUCUAACCAGAGACGAAAGAACAAUCGAAACAGUGGAAACACCCAGGACCUUCGGCUCCCAAGAAAGCCAAGUCGGUGAUGUCUGCAGGCAAGGUGACGGCCUCGUUUUCUGGGAUGCAAAGGGAGUGCUGCUGGUGGACUACCUGGAAAAGGGUUACACGAUUACAGGGGCCUACUACGCUGAUCUCUUGAGACAGCUACAGGAGAAAAUCAGGAAGAUUCGGCGUGGGAAGCUGACAAGAGGAGUGCUCUUCCACCAGGACAAUGCUCCAGCCCACAAGUCCACAGUGGCGAUGGCUGCCAUCCAGGAAUGCAGAUUCAAACUCGUCGAACACCCGCCCUGUUCACCUGAUUUGGCACCCUCGGACUACUACAUGUUCCCUAAGAUGACGAAGGAGCUCAGUUGUCACCAUUCUGACACUGAUGAUGACGUCAUCACUGCUGUGGACCACUUUCUGGAGGUCCAAGACGCCGACUUCUACAAAGAAGGGAUCCGUAUGCUCCUCGACCGCUGGACUAAGUGGGUAAACGUAGGAGGGGACUAUGCUGAAAAAUAAAUGUGCCAGGAGUUCUAAAAUUUACUCCUUCGACCUUAGGCCACGAACUUAUCAGUCACCUCUCGUAUUCUGAUGCACAUUGCACCCAGUAAAUCGCUCUGAACCUUGACGAUGGCCGUUGGGAAGAUGUGGCGGACAUUUUUUACCACAGACCUGGCUCAGAAAUGGGAUGUCUAAAUAGCUUUUGGGCAUCUUCUCAGCAGUCCAGGGGACUGCUUUGGGAAUCUUAACAUCCACCUAAGGGGCUGAGAAUCCACCGAAUCAACAAACCAAAAUUUUUAAACUUCAGGUACAGGACUUGAAUAGAACAAACACCUCCUUUAGCCUAUCGUACCAUUCAAUAAGGUCAUAUUUGAUUCAAUCCUGGGCUCAAUUCCAAUUCUCCGUCCAAUAACUUGAACCUCUAAGGUCCAAAAACUUAUUUAUCAACCUUGGAUACACAUAGUGACUCUCUGAUUCUGAUAAUUCCAAAGAAUCACGAUCUUCUUAGAGAAGAAUCCAUCCUUAUUUUGGUCUUAAAUAUGUGACCUGAUGUGCCCCCUUAGUGUUACACUCACCCCCACCAGAAGGCACAGCAUAGCAUCAUUCCCUUUUGAAAAUUACAGCUGAAUCUUUUCUACUAUUACUUUAUCCGGUGCAUUCCAGAUCACCAAUACCUGCUGCUUAGAAAAUAAUCCUACAUUCGCUUGCAUUAGCCGGCUGGUGGCGUAGUGGCAUCAGCGCCGGACUUCGGAGCGAAGGCUCCCGAGUUUGAAUCCAGCCGGCUCCCUUGCACGCUUUCCAUCCGUGCUGGGUUGGGCGUCGAGCUAGCAACUCGGCCUUGUAAAAAUAAGAAAGCCUGCUAAAAAAGCGCGUCCCGAUGACUCCACCCGGAGUUAAGGGCUUUCUUCUUCUUCUUCUUUGCUGGCAUGUUGUUUUAGGUUUGUGUCGUACAGUUAUCAACAAGGUACUGGUGUUGGAGAGGGUCGAAAGGAGAUUCACACAAAUGAUCAUGGAUAUGAAAGGGUUAAUGUAUGAGGAGUGUUUGAAGGCUCUAGGCCUGUAUUAGCUAGAGUUUAGAAAAACAAAGGGAGGUCUCAUUGAAAGCUAUCAAACAUUGAAAGGGCUAGGUAGAGCAGGCGAGGAUGCUUUCUCCAGAAGGGGAGUCUAAGAUCAGAGGGGUGUUUCUUUAGAAUAGAGAUGAGGAGGAAUGUCUUUAGCCAGAGGGUGGUGAAUUCACUGCUGCAGACAGCUGUGGAGGCUAAACCACCGGGUGUAUUUAAAGUGGAGGUUGAUAGGUUCUUCAUUGGUAAGGGUGUCAAAGAUUAUGGGAAGAAGACAGGAGAAUAGAGCUAAGGGAGAUAAUGAACCAGCCAUGAUGGAUGGUGGAGCAGACUCAAUGAGUCUAUUGGCUUAAUUCUGCUCCUCCGUCUUAUGGAAACUGUCUCCCUAUCUAUUUGAUUCAAUUGCAAAAUGG